AUGUUGUGCUCCGUGCAGACGCGUAAGCUGACCAAGUUAGAGCGGCAGAGGUUCAGUGAGGAGGUGGAGAUGCUGAAGGGUCUGCAGCACCCUAACAUCGUUCGCUUCUACGACUCCUGGAAGGACAACUCCAAGGUCCUCAAGUGCAUCCUGCUGGUAACCGAGCUCAUGACCUCAGGCACCCUCAAAACGUACCUGAAGAGGUUCAAGGAGAUGAAGCUGAAGCUGCUGCAGCGUUGGAGUGGGCAGAUCCUGAAGGGGCUCCACUUCCUCCAUACCCGCACCCCUCCCAUUAUCCACAGGGACCUCAAGUGUGACAACAUCUUCAUCACCGGCCCCACCGGCUCCGUCAAGAUAGGAGACCUGGGCCUGGCCACACUCAAAAGUGCCUCCUUUGCUAAAAGUGUCAUUGGUACCCCAGAGUUCAUGGCUCCAGAGAUGUACGAGGAGAAGUAUGAUGAAGCUGUGGAUGUCUAUGCCUUUGGGAUGUGUAUCCUGGAGAUGGCCACCUCAGAGUACCCCUACUCCGAGUGUCAGAACGCAGCACAGAUCUACCGCAAAYUCACCAGCGGGAUGAAGCCAGACAGUUUCUACAAAGUCAAGGUCCCAGAGCUCAAAGAGAUCAUCGAAGGAUGUAUCCGGAUGGACAAAGAUGAAAGGUACACCAUCCAGGACCUGCUGGAGCACACAUUCUUCCAGGAGAACAACGGCGUCCAUGUUGAGUUGGCUGAGGAGGACGACACGGUGAAGUCAGGCCUGAAGCUGUGGCUCCGCAUGGACGACACCAAGACACUCCACGGGAAGUACAAGGACAACAACGCCAUUGAGUUCCUGUUUGAACUCUACAAGGAUGUGCCAGAGGAGGUGGCGCAGGAGAUGGUAGUGCUGGGCUUCGUGUGCGAGGCCGACUUCAAGCUUGUGGCCAAGGCCAUUCGAGAACGCGUCAACGUCAUCAAGCGCCAGCGUGACAAACUGCGCCGCCUCGCAGAGAAGAAGAAGCAGGAAGAGGAGGAGGCCAUUGAGGAGGAGCCCAAGCCUGCACUGCAGCCUCCCUACCUGAAAAUCAACAGGUCUCCAUCAAAGCCCCAUCAGAGCCCCAUAGGCGUCCACGCCCCCACCCCGGCCCAGAGCCAGGAUCGCCUCCCGCUGACCCCCGCCCUGUCCCCCGUCAACAGCUCUCUGGACUCGGGCAUCAACGCCAGCUUCAUCCAUGAACCUGAGGAACCAGAGGCAGACCAGCACCAGCACUUCCAGGUCCACCACACCAGCUGCUCCUCGGCCAACUAUGUUUCUGGUAACUGUGUUUUCAUGAAGCGCUAUGCCUCCGACGUGACCUCGGGUUUGAGUGAUGGCUACGAGGGCCUAUCAGAGAGGAGUGGCAAGACUGCUGCCAGGCGCACGGCUAGCAAGCUGUUCCGGAGGAGAGCCCGUUCAAGACUGCGCAUCACUGAGCUCUCUGACAAAGACGACCGGGUGGUGGAGUGUCAGCUGCAGACUCACAAUGAUAAGAUGGUUACCUUCAAGUUCGACCUGGACGGAGACAACCCAGAGGACAUCGCAGUUGUCAUGGUACACAAUGAGUUCAUCCUGCCAUCGGAGAAGGAGGGUUUCAUCCACCGCAUGGGUGACAUCAUCAAGAGGGCGGAGACUCUGAUGAGGGACACAUGGUUCACGUGGCGGCAGCCAUGGAGCGCCAUGCCCACAAUACACAACAAGGGUCAACUCAUUGUCUGCGUCACAGGUCAGUACCAGCUCAGCAGCAGCUUCGUCAUCGAGUUCGGCUCCUUUCCCCUCGAUGGAUCUGAUGGGGCACUGCUUGCACCUAAUCUUCACAGUCACAUUGUGGAGCGGACACACACUGCCUCCUCUCUACCAGACUUCAGCAUUACUGACCCCAGUGUAGGCGUGCAUGGUUCUCCCUUGGGUCCCGCUGAUGGAGGAGACUUCUUCAGCCCAGCAGACGUAACAUUACCUGCAUGGAGACCUCUAUUACGCUCCCAGUCUUUCCACAACGCCCCAGGUUCUCUUCACUGCCAGCAGCACCACCCAGCCUCCAUGUUCUCCCCAGAGCACCCCCAGCCCCAGCAGCAGCACCCCCACCCCCAGCAGCACCACCCAGCCUCCAUGUUCUCCCCAGAGCACCUCCAUCCCCAUCCCAAGCAGCAGCACCCCCAUCCCAAGCAGCACUACCACAUGCCCCCCUUCAUGGGCCACACACACUUCCCUUUCCCUUAUCCAGUGAACCUCGGCUCCCCAAAACCAGCCCAUUCUCCCCUCACACGGGUUGCCAGCAACCCCAUGUUCCCCUCCGUUUACUCCCCAGCCUUCUCCGGGGGCCACCACUCUGAUGCCCCGAGCCCCUCAGAGUACAGCGGGGAGGGGAACCCUCUGUCUCCCUCUGCCCACCCCCAGCACUCCGACAUGUGGCCUUCCCACACACAGCCCCUCUUCUCCCUGGCCAAUGUGAUCUCCAUGGCGAUGAGCAUGGCUCACUCCUUCAUCCCUGCCAACACCCUGGCCAACCAAGGGAUGCCCUCCAUAGCAGGCUUCCACCCCCAGCUUAUCCACCCCCAGUCGGGCUACCCAUCCAUCUACUCCCCACACUACCAGACAGCUCCAGUGGAGGUCCCCUACCCUCAGGGUGGGAUGCCUGGUCAAGGAAAACAGCACAGUGUCUACCAGGGCGCAGACACUCCACCACAGAUGCAGAGGGAUGGGUCUGGGUCUGUGUACUCUCAAAACAGACACCCCAGCUGGCAGCAUAACCACAUAUCUCCCUCUAUGAUGGGCUACAACACCCCUCCAAGGAACCCACAGGGGAUGUCACUGCAAACAGUGUCUUCCAAAAGCUUAAGCCAUUUACAGAAUAGUUCCCAGGGAUCAUACAUGGUUCCUCAGGACCAGUCUGAUGUGUCCAGCUCUGCGUCGGGGUCUGACCUGUCCCCCUCGGCACCAGACAGCCCGGAGAGCACAUUAUCAUCGUUCAGCUCAACCACACCGAUGUCCAGACCAAUGGUGCCUGAGAUGAAUGCCAGUGCUCCCAAGCCCAGAGUAUCUCCCAGUUACACAGUAGAAUUCACAGUGACUUCCCCUCGCUACCUCUACUCUAGCUAUCCUCCACCUGCUGUUGUCACAGUGGGCCGUUUUCAGGUCUCCCCUAGCAUGGAGAUCCCUGUGACUGCUGAACCAGGUGGACAGGGCUCUAACCCCGCCAGGCCCAUGUCAGUGGGCAGCACCACCACCUCCAAGAGCAGCACAGAGGAGCAGGAGCAUUGGGAGUCAGAGUCCAGCCUGAACACCUCCCUCACUCUCUCCCCCCCACACCGACACCUCACUAUGGGGGAGGCCCGGGAGGUCCAACAGGAGGAAAAGGAAGAGCAGCAGACAGUGAGGAGGAGGAGAAGGAAGAGAAUGUGCAGUCUCAGUCUGAUGGGUAUGUCUGCAGACAUCGGCCUGUCCGUUAUAGCGGUGGACUCAGAGGGGCGUGGCCUGUGGGAGGGAGGGGCAGGGAGCCCCACCUACAACUCCGCUCUAAACCACAUGUGGCUGAGCUACAGCCGUAACUUCACAUACCUGAGCAGUGACGACUCAGAGAGUGAGGACAUGUGGGAGGAGCUGCAGGAGAUGAGGGAGAAACACUUGGCAGAGGUGCAGAGUCUCCAGGCCACCCAGAAGAGGGAGAUUGAAGAGCUAUAUGAGAGGAUGGGGAAMGUUCCCCCUGCGGGGAUUCUCUCUCCUGCCGCCAUGCUGUCAAGUCGCCAGCGCCGCCUCUCUAAGGAAAGGAGUUACCUCUCCUCCUCCCGCAGAAACAGUCUGCAGCGCCUGGACAUGCUCCCCCUCCAAGGUAUCAUUAGGAGGAACUCUCUGGGUGGCAGCAGCAGUAGCAGCUCUCUGGAGAAGCCCUCUAAAGGGGUUACUUUUGCAUCUGACGUCAGUAGAAUGUAAGAAUCUUGAGCCAUGCUUGCUGUAGAAUAAGUCCGGACUACCUCAUCUGAAGAGUGCAGUGAUCAUGUCCAUCUUGCUGGAGGAAGGAAGUGACAUCACAUCUAAACCCUUUAUCUGGCCCCCCACUGGAGGAGAGAGUAACCUAGGCCCCCCAGAAACCAGGAAGCUCCUCUGCUGAGCUAAUGGUCACAGGGUUAAUUAAAGGUCACAGGUUCAUCAGAGAUCACAGGGUUCAUCAUAGGUCACUGAGCCCUCUGCUAUGAAGGGACAACAGAACCUCUGUCAUCUGCUGUCAGUCACCCCAGAGAGAAGCCCUGUCAGUACAAUGGUUCAGUAGGAUGCCACCAGAACAGUGUGAGUAUAAAAUGAGUGUAAAAGGCUCACAACAGUACCAGCCCAGGAAGUGUACCAUCAUUCCUCAUACUAUGCUAUGUUGAACAUGUGUGAUAGUUGUACAUACAGUAGAGCCUUAGUGAUCAGCUUUAAUAAUACUGCCUUGUAGCCACAAAGCAGUAAGGGUUGUUCGACAAUAUUGGGAUCAAGUCCGGGGCAGUUGAUCAAUAUUUUACUGCUUAUCUGACUGUCGCAGACAGUUUUUAUUGGGACUGUUUCAGAUUAUUCACAUUUUUAUUUGCACAUUUGACUGUCUGUUUGCAAUCUGUUGAUGUUGAUGCUGAUUGUAAGCUCACUACUGCCCUCUAGAGUGACUAUGGAAAUCCAGAUAUGUUGUUGUACUUUGCUGGUUAUCCAAUGUGCAAUAGUGAAGCCAUAUUUCUGAUUAAUUCAACAGCAUUAUGAAGGACAACUGUUGUCGACAUGUAGAAGGAUGUGAACAUUGUUUUCUAAUGUUAGGCAGUAUCUUAUAUACAUGAUAGUGAGCAUUUAUCAAUACAAUACUAUAGACCAGUAGUUUUCUAUUGCUGAAUACAACCUAGUGUUAGAACUAUAACACUGAGAUCAUUGCGGUGUCAGUCUUUCCAGGAAGCUAGGCACAAUACAGCUCUAUACACGAGGAAUAUCCAAGACAAACUAACCAGCUACUCCUUUUAAAAAACAAAUCCAGUYAAAGUAUUGCCAAAUCAGCCACGUUGAUAAAAAGUAAAAACUACUUAUGGUUGAUGAUUGUUACGACCACGAAGGCCUGAUUCAAACAGUCUCCUCUGAACAGUUGAUGUUAAGAUGUGUCUGUUACUUGAAC